GAGCCGAGAGGCGCAAGUCGGAGUGGUCGCGAGCUUAUAAAGUGAGGUAAGGUUUUCUGACUUUCAUUCAUGUUUCUUGAGUGAUGAAAGCGAGGAAUGUGCUCUGGACAAUAUAAGUAACGAUGUUUCCGCUCCAUUCGUUGGGUUUAGUUUUCGCGGUGUGCGCAGCUUACGGCAGUGGAGUUACUAAGCCUUCUGGUAUCUCGCAGUUUUGGAUGGACGAUAUAAAAGUUCUCGACCAAAUAUAUGGAAAGACAUCAGAUAAGGAGCUGUACGGGGCCACUCUUCCUCCAAGCAUUCGAUUUGAUAUUGAUCGUGCGAAACAUGUAAAAGCAGAGGCUUCCCAAACAAAGGAGCACUAUGUACCCACGGAAGAAGAAGAUCCAGAUUUCGAUGAACAAUACAAACCUUAUUCAUUCGGAGACCGAUACGCAAAACAAUUUAACAAGAUUCAUAAAAAAGACAAGAUUAAAAAAGAAAAAACCAAAAUUGAAUCACCUCUGCAUUUCGUGGGUUUGUCGAACUUCAAACCGAUAAGUCAAUCGAAUGAUCCAGAAACAUACAACUAUUUGAAACAUCUUGAACAUUUUGAGAAACAAAAUGUUGAACUGCCUGAUACCGAGAGCGGUUUUAAACCCUACAUUGGAAAUAGCGAAGAGGAGGAAGCUUAUAAGAGUAUUCAGGAUAUAUUGGAUGCUCACGAAUCGAACAAAGCACGUAAACCUGAAACCGAAUAUAAUGAUAGUUUGGAAAAAUAUCCAAGAUAUCUACACAAAGAAAACGAUGAAAAGUAUACAAGGUAUGCAGCGAAAGCAGUGCCGACAAAAAAUAAAAUUAGGUUUUUGAAUAACAAUAGUUUGAACUCAAGGUGUCGUACAGGAAGAUGCAGGAAACGUAGUUCAAGUUCAUAUCGUUAUACUUCCAGACCAUACAUAAGAAAAAUAAAGCGCAUAAGAAUCGCAUGAGCCAUAUCAUUCUAAUUGUUAAUGCCUUGUUUUUAUAGAUUUAUGUAUCUUAAUGUUCGGUUUGUUAGUGAUAAUCUUAGAUGUGGUAGAAUUAUGCUACAGUAAUGCUCUGUUAACUGAAGCGAAUAAUUGUGCAAUUUUGUCAGAUUUUUAUUUUUUAAAGUAUAAAUUGAUGGCCUAGAUUUGCAAAAUGUUUGUUUAUUAAAAAGAGACUGUAAUAUCGAUUGUGCAAUAUUUGUGAGACCUUAUAGUAGUUAUGUAGUAAUAGAUAUUGAAAGUAUUUAAUUUUGUAAUUUAUUAAUAUAAUGUUGUUAUUGAUUUUG